AUGAUUAAUCAUUUCUUGCAUAAAUGGCACCAACCUUUAGGAGAUCCUAUUGAAUAUGAGGAAAUCAAGAGAUAUGAUGAUGGAAGAAGAAGAUAUGAUAAAACAAUAAGGGACAAGGGUGGAAUAGAGUACUAUUUAGUAUCAAAAAAAUUUAUUAAAUAAUGGAAAUAUUAUGUGGAUUAUUAUGAAGAAAUGGGAGAUCAAUAAAAGGAGGCCAGGAAGAAACCUGAUAAAAUGAAUUCAGAUUUGAUAUGCAAUGAAAAGGUUUUUAAAUAUAUACCUGAAGAUCAUGUUUAUAAUUCCAGCAUUCGUUAUUUGGAAAAUGAAUGGGAUUAUGAAUACAUUCUUAAAGAAGUCUUUGAUAUAUUUAAAGAGAAAUACUCAUCAAUUGAACCAUAAAAACGAAUUGGAUUCUAUUCCGAGAACGAAAAAAAAAAGGUUGUGUAUCCCAAUUUGGCUAGAUUUACAUUGAUCUACUAGUCUGUAAGAGACAACAAAUUUUACAGUGUCAAAGCCUAAGUAGACUAUCAUUCUGAAAUCAAAGCUUGGUUAGACCUAUUAAAAGCGACAUUCCAAGAUGAAUUCAAACAAAAAUAAAUUAGCAACAUCAGAAUCUGGUUACCGAGACAUUAACACCUCCAAGUUGAUCUGCUAACCGAAUAGAUAGAAUAAACAAUGCUUAUCGAUGGAGAUGUCUUAUAAGAGAAUCUCAUGAUCUUCCAACUGUAAUCAAAUAGGGAUAAUUGUUUGAUCCUCGAUUUCGAAUCAGAACAAUGGCAAUUUAAUAAAAUGGAUUAGUAAUAGUAAAUUGAAUAUGAUAUUGAACUCCUGUUUAACAGAGCUUCCAAGGGUUGUGGUAAAUAUGUAUGUGAUUUUCCAUAAUGCAAAUUGAACAAUGGUUUUCUAGAACAGGAUUUUAGUUAAGACGACAUCAAAGGGAUUUGUUAAUAGUUGGUAGAGAAUGAGGAAGUCAAUUGGGAAUAAUUAUGCUAUCCAGUGAAAAGUAUCAAUGAUAAACUGAGUCCAUUUCAAACCUCUGAAUUUCAAUUAGAUUUGCGUGAAGCCACUCUCAGAAUCUCCUUUUAAUUGGAAAUAUUUGGAGCAUCUUUCGUUGAAAACUAUUACAACAAGGCUGGUAUAUAUCAAAUUGAUCCUCAAACUGCAGAGGUUGAUACUAACCUCAUUAUUGAGACUUAAAAAAGAUUCAUCAAAUACAAAGGGGAUUUCAGUUUAAUUAUAAAUAAUUUAUUUUCUCAAAGGGAAAAAAACUUAGAACCAUUAACUAAUUUAUAUCAAUUGAGAGCACUAUAUUUGAUAUUAUAAUUUCGUAAAUUCUUGGAAUCCAUUAUUGAUGAAAAAUCUCAAAUAAUUUUGAAGAUCAUAAGAAGACUAAAUAAACCAUAAAAACAAUAGUUAUCUAGAUGGUUUACAAAUCUCUCAAAGGCAGAGUUUGAAGAGACAACUAAGGUUGUUAAAAAAUUAAUAAAUUCUGAAAUUUUAAGACAAUAACACACUCCUCUGAUGCCAUUUUUAGAAAUAGAUGACAUACAAAAGAUGGUAGGUUUAUUUGAAUUAUUUCAAAUUUUACAAAUUUCUAAUAAAAUGAACACUAGAAUAUAGUCUUCAGAUUUUGUAAUUGAUUUGAUAACGAAGUUGUAUAAGUAAGAUGCAGACAAAGAGGAAUUUUCACAAUUUCGUUAUUAUGCAGCUAAGUAAUGGAGAAAUUAUUCGUUUACUUUUUGUUUAUAUGCUUGGUCCAUCCCAAUUGAGUUUAAAUCAAAGUUGUUGAGUCUGGAUUGCAAAGUCAAAUAACAUGAUAGCAUGAGUCAUUCAGUAAAAUAUCAUUUUACUGGACAAGCUCCGUAUUUAAAUUUAUCAAUUGAGAGAAACAAUAUUAUAGAAUCAGCUAUUAAGUAAUUAUAAAUAACGCAUAUCCCACUUAAGAAUCCUUUAAAAGUGUAAUUUAUAGGAGAAUAAGGAGUGGACGAAGGAGGUCCAAAAAGAGAAUUCUUCAGAUUGAUGAUGGAGAAAUUGAUUUCGCCAGAUUAUGGCAUGUUUAUCCCUAAAAACAAUGGAACCAUGUAUUGGUUCAAUCCGUAGUCCUUUGAAAUUCCUAUAUACUAUUCUUUGAUAGGGAAGUUGUUAGGAUUGGCUCUCUAUAAUUAAGUGUUGCUGGAUGUACGAUUCCCAACUGUCUUAUUCAAAAAGUUAUAGAACGAAAAGGUUACUGAAGAGGAUUUGAAAGAAUUGGAUAUGGAAAUCUAUACAGGAUUUUAGUAUUUGAGAGAACAAACAGAUUCUAAUCUAAUAUAGAGUCUGACUUUAAACUUUAAUGCUAGUUAUGUUGUGUGGGGAGAAGCAUACUUUGAUGAUUUGAAACCUAAUGGAUUUUAAAUUAAUGUCACCAAAGAUAAUAGAGAGGAAUAUAUUGAAUUAUAUACUGAUUGGUACUUAAAUAAACUGGUGAAACACUAAUUUGAUUUAUUAUAUUCAGGGUUUAAAUCUGUGGUUGAUGGUGAUGGUAUUAAGUUAUUCUCAGGAGAAGAGUUACAGGCCCUAAUAAUUGGUUUGCCACAUUUUGACCUUAAAGAUCUAGAAUUAGUUACAAAAUACGAUGGGUUCGAUGAUAAGUCUGAGUACAUAAGGUACUUCUGGAGUUGCAUUCAUUCUUUGAGUAUUGAGAUGUAAAAGAGAUUUUUGUUUUUCUGUACUGGGACUGAUAGGAUCCCUGUGGGAGGACUCAAAUCAAUUAAGUUUGUUAUUUAAAAGCAUGGUGAAGAUACUGAGUAAUUGCCAUCUGCUCAUACUUGUUUCAACGUUCUAUUAUUGCCACUUUACAAGAAGAAGGAAACAUUGAAGGAUAAACUCAUGAUAUCUUUGGAUAACGCAGAAGGCUUUGGAUUAAUGUGA